UAUCAUUGUGGAGCAAGAUAAUUUCUCAAAUUUUAAUAAGGAGGCUAUGCACUUGGGCAAUUACCAACACCCAGCCAAGGACGACGAAGUCUAAGUGUGUAAAGUAUAUCUUUAAAUUGUACAUGUUUUGUUUGUAAAAAUGAAUACUAAAGGCAGCCAAAAUUCAACCACAACGAAUCUUGCCACAAUACCAGCUGAAGACACUAUUGUCUAUAUUGCAAUCAAAGGAUCUUUACAUGCUCAAGAUUGUUCUGUGUUUGGUCUAGGAGAAGAAGAAAUAAAAGCUAUGUCCAAGAAAUAUCCUAUAUCUGGAGUGGAUGUUGUCAAUGGGGUUACCAUUAAAACUAAUGUUCUAAAUGCCAUAAACUCUUUGAGCCAGCUUGGGUAUAAGAUAACUUCAAGCACUGGUGAAACUGAGAUCACUUGGACUCUACAGCCCAUGGAUGAUAUUUGUGAUCACACUAAUUGCACUCACAGUGCAAACAAAUCUGUAUGUCAAACUUUGUCAGAGAUGGAUUGGGAGAGGGGCAUUUGGUAUGCAGCUUACAAUGGUGAUAAUCAGAAAGUUCAGUCUAUUAUAGACAAAGCAAGAAAUGCAAAGGAAGCUGUGAAUGCUCUAGAUAAUGCUGGGUACACAGCACUGCACUAUGCUGCACGCACUGGCAACACCGAUAUCUGCAAAACACUUCUUUAUAAUGGAGCAGAUAUUAAUGCAACAACUAAUGGCAAAGCUACACCUUUACAUAAAGCUGCAGCUGCAGGUAAACUGGCCACAGUGAAAUUCUUAAUUCAAACUGGUGCUUGUGUCGACGCCCAGGACGUUGACGGCCAAACAGCUCUUCACAAAGCUGUUGAAAACAAAAAUCAUGAAUUAACAGCAAUCCUACUUGAGUUAUGUCCAAAACUCGCCCAAAUCAAGGACACCAAGGGCCGCCUGCCUACAGAACUUGUAAUGCAGUAAAUGCCAUUUUAUUUAUUAGGAUUUAAUGUAUUUUUUCAGUUAUUAUUAAUUUUAAGGUAUUGUGUUUGCUGUGUACAAUUAUUAUUGAUCUCAAACACAAUGAAUUUAUGAACUCUUAUGUUACAUUUUCUUUGAUUUUAUGAAAAAGUUUAUGUUAUGUUACAAUUCCUUAUUAGUUUGUGCAUUUAGUUUGUAUAGGUAGGAAUUAAAUUGGAAAAGUGCAGAGUGCAUUGUCUAACAUGUUUAUUAAGGUAUGAAUUGAUACACAUAAUGUAUUUCACCCUGUAUUUGUAGGCAUGUGCAAUUUUUCAGUAUAAAGUAAUAAUAUCUAAGCUUCAGGAUGACUAGAUCAAAUAUUAGUUCCAUUAUGUAGUCUUGAUAUUUACAAAUAUGAUGCAAGCUACACGUGUUUCAAUUAAUUGUUUUAUUUCCUUAAAAGAUAUUAUGUUUUAGAGUACAUAACGUGUAUAUCAUCUAACACAUGUAUAACAUAAUAACAAUGUUUUUUGAAUAAUUGUGUAAA